CCGUCACUCACGGCCCCGGGGCGCGCGCGAAGCUCCUUUCAUUGGCGGGAAAACGCGGGGGAAAGGGAGGUCGGGACCCGCCCCGCUGCCGGCCGGCCACCGCCGCCGAGUCGCGCUGCCAAAGCUCGGCGCUAAAUUUGAAAAUAAAACCCGAGCGCGGGCGGGUCCUGGAAGCAGAACCACCCGCCCGGGAGCGGCCGGGUCCUCAGCCCGGGACAGACUCCGUUCUCGCCGUCUCCGGCAGGACGCGCGCGCGGCCCGGGAGGACGAGGAGGAGGGCGGCAUGGCCGCAGGCGUGGACUGCGGGGACGCGGCCGGGGCCGGGCAGCAUGUGUUCUUGCUUCCAGAAUAUUUAAAAGAUACUUCAAAGAAAAUGAAAAGUGGCCUUAUGUUUGUAAAAUUGAUUAACCCAUGUUCAGGGGAAGGGACCAUUUACUUGUUCAAUAUGUGUCUACAGCAGCUGUUUGAAAUCAAAGUUUUCAAGGAAAAACAUCAUUCUUGGUUUAUAAAUCAGUCAGUUCAAUCAGGAGGCCUUCUUCACUUUGCCACCCCUAUGGACCCUCUAUUUCUGCUCCUCCACUACUUCAUAAAAGCUGACAAACAGGGCAAGUUUCAGCCCCUAGAUCAAGUUGUGGUGGAUGAUGUAUUUCCAGAUUGCAUCUUGUUGCUGAAACUGCCGGAACUUGAGAAGUUACUUCACCAUGUGACAGAGGAAAAAGAAAUAGACAAGAAGAAAUAUUACAAGUAUAGUGAAGAAAAGACAUUGAAGUGGCUGGAGAAAAAGGUUCAUCAAACUGUGGCAGCUUUAAAAGCCAAUAAUGUCAUUGUUGGUGCCCGGGUCCAGUCAUCUCUGUUCUCUGGUGACCAGGUUUCUAAUGACAAAGAAGAGGAUUAUGUUCAUUAUGCUCAUGGUCUGAUCUCUGAUUACAUCCCUAAAGAAUUAAGUGAUGGCUUAUCUAAACAUUUAAAGCUUCCAGAGCCUUCAACUCCAUUGCCAAACCCUCCAUCAAAGACGGCAACACAAAGACAGAAAAGGGGCAAAUGACACGUGACACAGCUCCACACAAGGCUUGGCUGCUUCCUGGGUAACUUCCAACUCUGCAAAAGUCUAAAACUCUGCUGCACUUUCUAGAAAACCACGAAAUGCCAUAGUGUAUUUUGAAGAAUCGGUGAUGGAUGCUGUAUUUCUUUGAUCAAUUAUGGGUAUUUCCACCUGGAGCCUUUGGCAAGGUAGUUUUAUCUUAGGCUUGAAGGUACCUAAUGUAGAUUUGAGUAAUUCGGUUCACUUACCUUCUUCCCCAGCCCCAGCCUCCCAUAACAGUGUGGGUCUUUGCAGUAGAAAGCUUCAGAUUGCAAAAUAUCAAGAGGAGAAGGCCUGUUGGGAAAUCUGGGUCACUUCUUAAAUCUGACCUGGUUGACCUGUCCUACUUGAGUAAAAUCAGCAUGGUUUAGACCUACAGAUGGUGACAUAAGCCCUUGAUUAAUUUUAAAGGCUCUGCUGAACCAAGUUUCAACCCAUACUUUAAAUAUUUACCAAAAACUUGACCCUUCUUUCCUCCUUACCAACUUGGCAGCUUCUAACACCUCAUGAUAUUAACAUGUGCAUUUUAUGAUCUUACAGAGUUAUAAACAUUUCUUCAUUUUUAUAAUAGAUUUGCCGAGUGUAUGUAUUAUUGUUAUUUUUAGAGUGGGAGUAUAAGCUGUGAAGGAAUGCUGUAAGUAAGUGCCAAAAAGUAAUUAAUUAAAUGGGGAAUGUUGUAGGAGGUAGUGGGGGUCGUAUGCAAACAUGUCCUGGGAUUUAAGCAGGGUCAUGUACUAGACCUGCAGGAAGAAUGGGUGGAGUGGCUGCUGUUCUUUGAUCUGCCUGCAUCACAUGGACCCCCAACAUCAUCUGCAAGAACUGAGUUUCUAAAUUUCUAAAUCUACACCAAGUAAGUUGAACCCAGUUCUGACAGGUAGUCUGUUAGUUUUUCACAUCUGCUUUUAUAUGUAGAAUUAUUUUUAUAACCUCAGAGAAAUUUUAACAUUUCUAUGCUUACCAAAGUUGAGAUGCAAAUCUUUUCCCAAACCCUAGCUCUACAAAGUCAGUAUAGAACUCUGGAUAUAUUACAGACUUCCAGAAAGGGGUGCUACACAGAAAUGAUCCACUUGAAACUCAUGCAUGCCAUUUGGGUAAGGUUAAUGAGCCUUACCAGUUGUGCAUUUAUGGAAUUAAACAAUAAGGCUUUCCCUAUCCUCGUCUUGUACAAUCCCAAGCACUGCCUUUGGCCCAAAGCAAUUGCUAACACUAGAGUGCUAUUGCUGAGUAGAUGCUAAGUCCUUGACCUAAUAGUUUUGUGGAGCUAAUCUCUGAGCAAGAAAGCCUAGCACAGUGGCUAGUGAAGCCCUACCCUUGUAUAUCCUGCAAGACACUUACUCUGAAACUGGGUUCCAAGUGUGAGGAUCCCCCAGAUUGUGAAUGGCUGGUUGGUACAGUUCUAUCACUGCCUCAUAUCACAUAUCACUCCCAGCUUCAGCCUAGUGCUUCUCUGUUCUCUGUCUUCCUCCUUCCCCUUUACCUUCCCAGUCACACCCUGCCAGAGCUACUAGAUAUGCCCAACUUGUUCCCAGAAGCCCUUUUCUCUUAUUGUGACCUAUGUUCAUAUUCCACUGGCCUCUGACCUUUGAAGAACUGUCAAACUUAGCACAUCUAAAAUUAUAAAAACUCAUUUUGUUCCCUAUGUAACAUACAUUCCCUCAAAAAAAUCAAGCACAAACAAAAGUGAUCUACAACUUCCCCCAACACCAAACAGGUUCUUUGGCAGUUGUAAGCUCUGAAUUUGCUCAUUUCCUUAGUUUACACAAUGCCCAACGUCCAGUUUCUGUCCUCUU